AUGAGGAACACAGCAGCUAAUGUUCUCUCCUUUUUCGUAUUUGUUAUGUCGGUUUGCAUGUUGUACUCUUCACAAUUCUUUGUUUUUAGGAGGAAUAUAGUGUUUGACGGUUAUACGUGUCCUGUGGCAAAACGUGUUUUUAGUAUUGACAAGGUUUACAGCGAUAUUCAAUGUGCUUUGUAUUGUAAAGGAUCUUCGUCCUGUGUUGACAUAUUUUACCAACCACAGGACAGGAGAUGCGACGGCUGCAGAUAUUCUGAAGACUCAGAACUGGAAAUUGCCGACGGGUUUUUGUAUUACACAAGGAGAGCACCGACGCUUGGAAAGGCUUGCUCGAGUAAUGCAGACUGUAUAGAAACAGAAGGUGUGUGUAUAGGAGGAAUGUGUUUCUGUCACCAACUAUAUGCAUAUAACAACACAAUAAAUAACUGUACAAAAGUUUGCCAAGCAAUGACCGGUAAUUAUAAGAAAAUCGAUAACAAAGCGAUCGUCGAUUUUAACAGUGAUAAUGCGGAGUAUGACAGCCUGGAACAAUGUAAAAUAGCCUGUGACGAAAACCCUAUCUGCUUAUCCUUCGAAAUAUAUCUAGGAUUAGGGAGUAAAGUAGGAUGUAAUACAGGAGUUGUUACAUAUGAUAUGAUGAAUUCAGCUGAUCCCACAAAGAUAAAGGAUAGUAGCUGGUUACGAUCU